AUGAAGUCCGUCGCGUCAUUUCCCGACGCGUCCCCCGCAUCCACACCAUCGCGUUUUGACCACCGCGGCGCCAUGCUCGUCAUAACCGAUGUCAGCCGCGAGCCGCCAGUCUACGGCGACCUGUUUGCGGGCAAGAAGUUCUGGAUUGCCCAACGCGUGCCCUCGCGCAACGACUUUGUCAACCGCGUCAAGUACAACGGCGGCCAGCUCGUCGCGCUCGAGAAACACGCCGACUACCUGAUUGUCGAUCACCUCCGCUCCGAGUUGCCCUCCGGCGGCAUCUCCUACCGCUUUAUCGAGAGGUCAAUUCAGCACUCAGAACUCCAGGACCCUAGCGAGUUCCAUUGCGGACCGCCUGCCAAUUCUGUCCGCGAAGUUGGCUCUUCGCGGCCGGCCCAUCGUGGACGCAUCCCCUUCACCGCGGAAGAUGACAAUGAGCUCUACGCUUGGGUCAAAGGCUGCGAGGCUCGCGGCUGUGCAGUCAAGGGCAAUGAGAUCUACAAGGACUUCGAGCAGAGGAAUAACCGUCACACCUGGCAAUCAUGGCGCGACCGCUGGGUGAAAGUCCUCAGCACAAAGCCUCCUCGAACCGUUGCCGCCAAUCCUCCGCCGUCGCCGCCCUCCGAUGUCCAGCCCGUUCAAUCCUCCCGCCGGGCUCUCAGGAACACUGCAUUAUCUCCAUCCAAAUUGGCAGCGCUCAAACUCGCCGAAUUCGACGUCAUCUUCAGUUCCGCAGAAACGGUCAUGGAGGUUCCGUACGGACGUCUGGAGGAGGCUUGGGCACAGUUUAGCAAUAAAAACCCAGCACAUUCGGGCGAGGACUGGGCAAGAUACUUUGACGCAUUAGUCAAACCAAUCUAUGCGGACCUGGUCAAGAAUCCAGCUCGUGGGGAAGCUUACGAUGAGGCUUGGACAGAGUGGGAAGAGGUGAAUGGUGAAACUGCGACUGUCACCGACUGGAUUGAGUAUUACAGAAAUCAUGUUCUUCCGAACUUCCCUCCGCCCAUCUCAGAUGCCCCGGAAAUCAAGAGGGAACCCGAGGGAGAGGAGCAAGAGAAUAAGAUUAAAGAAGAAGAGCCCAAGGAAGUCAAUAUGCAUGGACAAGAGCAGUUGCAUGCAGAUGUCGAUCCAGCAGAGCUAGGAACCAGAAUUUCUGGGGCUGCAGAGGAAACCCUUGCAACUCCACAAGAACCCUCGUCUGUUGCCCUAGGCAAAAGGCGACGAGAGGAUACUAGCCCAGCCCAAGACGGGAGCGCUGUGGCCACACCCUCGCCAAAGCGGCGUCAUACCAAUGUUCAAGAUUCAUUGGGUUCUAUUCAGGAGAGCAUUGAGGCGUCACCGAACAAGAAAUCCCCAACCAAAGCUGCCCCAGAGACUCGUUCCAACGCGUCCUCGAGUCCACGCUCAUCACGAUCGGCAUCGCACACCCCUCCCGCAAAACCACAGCAAGAUUCAUCUCAUCCAGAGUUUACGGUCUAUGACGAAGGCCAGGAUGGCUCGGGAAGUCAGCCGGAUGAGCUCCGCGUUCGGGAAGCUUUGGAACAUCUGACUGAGGGACAAUUGUCCGAUUUACUAGAUGACUACAGAGCUCUUCCUAACGCACUACAAGAGCAAGACGGCGUGGCUCUGCAGGAUGCUGUUGUAAUGCAUACAAUGCAUGCUAUCAAUAUGAGUCAAAUCGAGGAGAGUCAGGGCGUGCAAGCUGUUAUGGAUGUGUUUAAGAAGCUCGAAGACCUUGGUGUUAUGGAGAAGCUUCAAAAUGGUGAGGAUGAGAGUGAAGGCGAGAACGAUGAGAACGAAGAGCAAGAAGAGCUAGAGGAAUCAGAGGAAGAGGAAUCGGAGGAAGAAGGACAAUGGCAAUCGGAGGAAGAUGAGGCAGAAGAGGAAGAGGAAGAAGAGCGAGACGAGUCACAAGAAGAGGAGCAGGAAGAAUCACAGGAAAUAGAUCAAGAAGGAAAAGUGGAGCGAGAACAGGAAGACGUGUGGCUAGAGGUUGCUCAGGGAAGCGCUGAGACGGAGAGACUAACAGAAGAUGGCACUGCGUCGAGCCCUGCAUAUACAAGACGGCGGCGUACCGUAUCAUCCUCCUACAAUGACCAUGAAAAUCAGCGACGAUCCACAUCCAACUAUACCCCUCGACGAUCCAGCAAGUUCACGCAUAGUCCUCAGCAACAGCACACCCGCCCCACAAGCUCAUCUGGUGGCACCGGCUUCACUUCUUUCGAAAUGGCCACUGAGCCCACUUAUGACCUGACCAACGAAGCUGAGGCUGAAGCCUACAUUUCCUCACGCCUUGCGCCUCCCUACAACUUUUCUGAAGAGCACAUCAUAACCGCUCUUCAUGCCACGUGUGCUGUGAGUACGGCCAUGGCGGACUCGGUACUCAGGUGGAUGCGUGUCAACUCUACGAGCAAUUCGAAAAAGGGACGAAGGAGCAGUGUGGGUCUGGCCAUGCUGCCCGAUGAGCGGGGCGUGUGGACGGAAGAAGAUGAUUUGGCGUUAUUGGAAAACACUCCUUCGGAGAGAAAGCGGUUGGAGGCGAAGCAUGGCAGGCAGAGGUGCGUGCGGAGGCAUGAGUUCCUUACCGGACUUGAAGAAUGA